CAAUCCGGUGUAGGCGACAUCUGAAAACAGACCCUUCAGGAAUGUAUGAUUUUUACAACAUUCUACCUUUAUGCGGACGAUAAUUAACACGCUAAUAUUUUUUUGUCACACAGCCAGCACUGAAAACGAAUGGGGAUUGAAUUGCUUUGCCUCUGUUUCCUAUUUCUGCAAAGAAAUAACUAUGUGCAAGGGACCUGUUCUCUGGAAAGCACAGUGACUUGUGAAGACUGCUUGCUUUCUGGACCACACUGCGCUUGGUGUUUUCAAGAGAAUUACACAGACUCUGCUGGAAUUCAUGGGAGGUGUGAUACCCCAGAAAACCUUUUGUCAAAAGGAUGCCAGCUGAAUUUGAUUGAAUUUCCCAUUUCAGACGUAGAAAUUCAGAGAAACAAGCCCCUAACUGUAGCGACUGAGAAGAACAAUUCUGAUGUCACACAGAUUUCUCCUCAAAAAUUAACUCUCAGGCUGCGACCAGGGCAUGAAGAAACAAUACAGAUCAAGGUUCGCCAAACUGAAGAUUAUCCAGUUGAUCUCUAUUACCUCAUGGAUCUUUCAGCCUCCAUGGAUGAUGAUCUGAAUACAAUCAAAGAACUGGGUUCAACUCUUUCUAAAGAAAUGUCAAAACUGACAAGCAACUUCAGACUGGGGUUUGGAUCUUUUGUUGAAAAACCAGUUUCACCAUUUAUCAAAACUACAGCUGCAGAAAUAAACAACCCUUGCAGAAGUGUACCAUAUGAGUGCUUACCCACCUUUGGAUACAAACAUGUUUUGCCACUAACAAAUGAUGCUGAAAAAUUCAAUGAAAUUGUGAAAGGACAGCGAAUCUCUGCUAAUAUAGACACUCCAGAGGGAGGAUUCGAUGCAAUUAUGCAGGCAGCUGUUUGCAAGGAAAAAAUUGGAUGGAGGAAUGAUUCUCUACAUUUGCUGGUGUUUGUGAGUGAUGCUGAUUCCCAUUUUGGGAUGGACAGUAAACUGGCAGGGAUUGUUAUUCCUAAUGAUGGGAACUGUCAUUUGGACCACAAUAACGAAUAUUCCAUGUCAACUGUUCUGGAGUAUCCCACAAUUGGACAAUUAAUUGACAAACUUGUGCAAAACAAUGUUCUAUUAAUUUUUGCUGUAACGAAUGAACAAGUUCACAUAUAUGAGAACUAUGCAAAGCUUAUUCCUGGAGCUACUGUUGGACGACUACAGAAGGAUUCUGGAAAUAUUCUCCAGUUGAUCAUUGCUGCAUAUCAGGAGCUGAGGUCUGAGGUGGAGCUGGAGAUCUUGGGAGAGACAGAAGGGCUCAGUCUCUCUUUCACGGCCAUCUGCAACAAUGGGACCUUUUUUCCACAUCAGAGGAAAUGCUCUCAUGUGAAAGUGGGAGACACAGUCUCCUUCAAUGUGACUGUAAGUCUCUCCUCUUGUGAAAAAAACAGAAGGCAUAUUGUGAUAAAACCAGUAGGGCUCAGUGACACGCUGGAAAUGGAAAUUCAACCCCAAUGCAGCUGUAACUGUCAGACAAAGGCUGAGAUUAACAGCCCAAAAUGCAACAAAGGGAAAGGAUCUUUCCAGUGCGGGGUGUGCGUCUGCAGCCCGGGGUAUGUGGGGCCACACUGCGAAUGCGACGAGAGCUCCCUCGGCACCAGCUCCUGCAAGGGCUCGGCAGAGCAGAGCUCCUGCAGCGGGAGAGGUGACUGCUACUGCGGGCAGUGCGUGUGCCACCCAUCCCUCUAUGGGAAGGUGUACGGGCCACGCUGUGAAUGUGACGACUUCUCUUGUGUGAGACACAGAGGGCUCCAGUGUGGAGGCAACGGUGACUGUGACUGUGGAGAAUGCAUGUGCCACAGUGGAUGGACUGGUGAAUACUGUAAUUGCACAACCGACACCAGCACCUGCAUUGCUGAGGAUGGGACACUGUGCAGUGGGAGAGGCGAAUGCAUCUGUGGGACAUGUGCUUGCACCUAUCCAGGGGCUUCAGGCCAAACAUGUGAAAAAUGCCCUCUCUGCAGCGACCCUUGCAGUUCCAGGCGGAGCUGUGUGGAAUGUCACUUGGCUUCUGAUGACAAGUCACCAGGAGAAUGCAGUGAAAAAUGCAAAUUGGUUGAUGCAACUGUCAGCACUGCAAAGGAUUAUUCACAGGAUAAAUCCAUUCCCUGCUCUCUGCAGGGGGAAAAUGAAUGCAUAACCACAUUUCUACUGGCUAUGGAUGAACAGGGAAGGACAGUCAUUCAUAGUAUAGAGCAGAAAGAUUGCACACAGCUUCCAAAUAUCCCAAUGAUAAUGGUGGGUGUCACCCUUGCUAUCCUUCUCAUUGGCAUUGUUUUACUUUGUAUAUGGAAAUUACUGGUGUCAGUUCAAGACCGAAAAGAGGUGGCCAAGUUUGAAGCAGAAAAGUCUAAAGUUAAAUGGCAAACGGAAACAAAUCCACUGUACAGAGGCUCAACAACCACUUUUAAAAAUGUAACUUACAAGAACCAAGAAAAGCAAAAAGGGGCCAUGGCUGCAGAUUUCUAUUAG